CUGGAUUUUUGAAAAAUGGACCGGAAUCCUUCGCCCCCUUCUAGCGAUGCUGAGGACGAGCAGGCAGCAGGGGAUUCCAUUGGGAACACAGUCUACAGCAAGCAUUGGCUGUUCAGUAUCCUUACAAAACUGAUUGAGAAAGUAAUACUUGAACAUUUCAAGAGAGGACCUCAUACCUUCUAACAAAUGUUGAUUAUCUGAUUAUUGAUUAUUACCCAGUAAUCUGUCAGGUAGGUCAUUAGCCCUGAAAAGAGUGACUCCAACUCGAACCGUGAGGAAGUGCAGACAGAGCUAGAUGAAGAAAUGGAGAAUGACAUUUGUAAAAUGUGGGACAUGUCAAUGGAUGAGGUAUGUUGGUGAGCAGCCUGUAAUGAAGUAUUCAACUGUAAAGCUGAGAAAUUUCUCUGCAGUGCUUCAGCCUUUCACUGAAUGUCUUCAGUCGAAAUGCUCCUCUAAGAAGAGGAUUGAUAGCUCUGGUUAGUGGAAGACUUAACAAGUACUCUUUGCCAGCUUCCGAACUUGGAUGGUGUUGCUCCUUCUCUAUUCUAGUUGGUGCUAUCUGCUGAGGAUCCCCUAAGCAGAGUACGCCUGGAUGUUGCAUUAUUUCUCCAAGAAUUUAAUGCCCCUGAUAUAUUUAUGGGAGUGUUUGCCAAGUCUAAGUGUCCUCGACUUAUUGAAAUCUGUGUGGGAAUAUUGGGUAAUAUGGCCUGUUUCCAAGACAUAUGCAUGUCUAUUAGUAAAGAUGACAAUCUUGGACAAAUAUUAUUGCAACAUUUAUGUGAUUCGGACUCUCCUACUUUGCUGGAAACAAGCAGGUUGUUGUUAACCUGCCUCUCCCAAGCUGAGGUGGCCAACAUCUGGGUUGAAAGAAUCCGAGAAAACCCAUCCGUGUAUGACUGUGUUUGUUUUAUCAUGUCAAGCUCUACAAAUGUUGAACUGCUGGUUAAAGUGGGCGAGGUGGUGGACAAGCUCUUUGACCUGGAUGAAGAACUAAUGUUAAAUUGGAUUAAACAUGGCUCUUGUCAGUCAGUGGGACAGUCUACAGAUGAUUCCCCAGAAGAACAUCCAGAUUUUAAGAUUGUACCUUGUGUACUUGAAGCAGCAAAACAAGUCUGCUCAGAUAAUCCAGAGGGGCUUGAUGUUUAUAUGCAUAUCUUGCAGCUCCUAACCACAGUGGAUGAGGGCAUUCAGGCUAUUGUGCAGUCUCCUGAUGGAGGAAAAGAGACUUGGACUUUACUUUAUGGUCUGGUUUGCCAUGAACUCUGCCAGCCGGAUGAUCCACCGAUCAUCAUUCAAGAGCAGAAGAGUGUAUUGGCCUCUAUUUUGUCUGUACUGUCUGCCAUGUUUGCUUCACAGAUACAACAGGAAUAUGUCAAGAUGAGAAAAAAUAUGCCUCUGAUUGGGAGUUUGAUUCGAAUCUUACAAAACAUGGAGGACUGUGGGAAGAGAUCUUUUGAUAACUCAAAGAAAUCGCAGCCAGAGGAGACUAAGAAGUCGGGAACAGUUGAGGAAGACUUCCAUCUGAAAAUCUUGAAGGAUAUCUGUUGUGAAUUGCUUUCCAAUAUGCUUCAAGAAUUGACUAAGGAAAACAUAUUAGAGGGAUUGAACCAGGGACAUCUAAAUGAACAGAAAUGUUCCUGUGCGUUUCAGAAUCUUUUACCACUAUAUUUCACUUCAGUGGAAAGUUUCCUUGAAGCGCUGCGUGAGGCUGAUCAGACGCUUGCUGACAGUCUAGAAAAACGUUUCCCAAGCCUGAGGCUGCAGACAUAAGAAAGUACAUGGAAUAUUUUCUUCCUAUGGAAUGAGGAUUUUGACUGUUUCUUUGCAGUAUUUUAGAAAUCAACAUGUCCAUGAACUCAGAAGAAUGAGUUUAACCCCCUUACCUGCAAAUGGUAUUUAAGAAAUUUCACAGAUAUUCCUGGUUAAUCUUGGAUUAACUUGAUCUGGGAUGGGGAAGGAAAUAAACUCACUUGAAGUCAGUUCUUCAUCCUGCAGUUUUGUCAGCUUUUGUGAUCAGAGGCUUUUGAUUUCUAGCUGCUUAUUUGAAAUGCAAAGCAGAACUAUAAAUAUACUUUUGUAUUUUAAUAACCUGUGAGCUUGUGCUUUUCAUCUGUUGAAACAAUGAAAUGUAUGGAAUCUUUUAAAAUGCUGCUGACUCUCUUACAUUGUUCUUGGUAGGAGAGUUAGUCAAAAAGAAAUCUUAAAUAUCUUCUAGCUAAGCAAUCAUUAAUUUCUUCAAUCACCUCAGUAAAGCAGUUAUAUCACACUGAUAAAUGACUUGCUUUGUUUUGGAAGAUGUCAGUAAUGUGUGCAGAUGUUAUAGCAGAAAUUUUGCAACCUAUUCUGCUACGAUGUCUGUACAUCUAAUUUCUAAGCCCCUUUCACUAUGGGGCAAUCUAGGGACUCUAGCUCCAACACAGUUUAAAAUGAAUUACUUUCAGGCUACACGGCAACUUCUGCUUGUUGUAGUCAAGUUGCCUGAUGCAGAGUUGUAGAGUAGAUCUAGAUUUAAUGUCUUGCAUACAACAAAACGCUGCUUUUUAGAAAUGCUCUCUAUGCUUCAGUUCAGAAAAAUAUCAAACAGUUCUCGUUCCUUAUUGAUGUAUGUUGUUAUGUUGAAUUAUUUUGAAUGAAAUUAGAAAUGGCUUUUUAGGCUGGGAUUUUCAAAGAUGCUUAAGGGAGUUAGAUAUCCCAACUCCUACUGAAUUUCAGCUCUCUCAAACGCUUCUCAAAAUCCCACUCUUCAGGUUUUUUUUAACUGCAGUACAUUUUCAUAUGUUUUAUCUGGGUGCAGUGCAGCUCAUCUUGUCUGCUGUGUUUGGACAUCAAAGAUAUUACAACAGUAUGUUGGCUUAUGUCGUUUCUAUAAACUGGAACUGGCAACAAGUAGACAAAAUUAAUUUGAGAUAUAAAGAUACGAUGGAACAAGUUCAUGGAGAAUAGCUCAUUAGCAUACAUUCAUUCCACAGUUAUCCAGAUUUCUCUAGGCUUCUACUUUACUUGUCCUGAGUUACAUGUACAGGUCGUAAUUAUUGAAGAUACAGUAUCUGUACGUGUGCUAAGUCUUUUCAUCCAAACUUGUUUUCAGAGGUGGUAUUACUCAGCCUUUCCAUCAGGUAAUUGACAGCAUCUCUGUUGUUGGCAAGGGGACUUAAAAGCUGGAAAACGCUGACUGAAGUCACCAUAAGAAUUGCAGUCGUUUCUUGCAUUUUUUAUAUGUUAUUGGAAGCAGUUGGUAACUGAGUGGCUACAGGGUUUUCAUACUAUGUUGGCAUUUUUGAAUAUUUUAUUAAAACUACAGGUUUAUAAUAAAGUUAUUUUUAAAAAGCA